GACAGAAUAAUCUGUCAAAUCUAACUAAAAGAAAAGUAGAAAUCGUAAAUGAUUUGUGAAAUAGUUAUGAAAGUUUUUCUAAAACCAUGACAAGCAGAGCCAGUUUUAAAAGUAAACGAAUGAAUUUUAAAAUUCAAAAUGAAUCGCCAGAUUCAAAAGGUACAAAGCCCAUCCGAGAAGCAUCGUCUGUAUUAGAAAUUCUAAUACUUAUGAUUGUGCACAUUUGUAAGAAAGUGUUAUUCUUUGACACAAGUUUAAAAAUAGCAAUUUAUUUAGGAGCUCUCUUUUUAUUAUCCCUUAUAGCUGAUGUCCUAACUUUUCCAAAGUCAUAUUUCUCAAGAAGCGAUAACAUAUUCAACCAGUAUUUUGUAAAACUUGGAUGGUUCUGGACAUUAUUUCUAACAAUUCCAUAUGUCUUUUUGACCUCUUACACUACUUGUUGUGGCAAAAGAAAGAUUAUCUUAACAGCUCAUUUAUUAAGACUUCUAAUUGCUACUGUAUUUUGGUAUACAUGGACAACAAUAUUUAACAUAAUUGAAACAAAGUAUGGCCGCUGCAACUCAAAAUAUUAUGAUGAUAAAGUUACGUGUUUAAAAAAUGGGCAUUUUUGGAAUGGAUUUGAUAUAUCAGGUCACUGUUUUAUUUUAAUUUAUUCAAGUUUAAUUUUAAUAGAAGAAGCAAGAGCUAUUAAUGGUUGGGAAAGAAUUAAAGACUAUAUCCGUGAUGAGAAAUAUUACCGAAGUGUUAAUGACAAGUCACCUAGUGUUAAUCCUCUAAGAAAUAUCAACACCGAUGAAUUAAAUACUUUAAAAACAUCCUAUGAGAAGUUUACUCCAUAUGUAAGAGCAUUUUUAAUAGUUAUUGCUCUUUUUCAACUAUUAUGGGAUGUAAUGUUGGUAUCAACAAUAUUGUAUUAUCACAUUAUGGUUGAGAAAUUUAUAAGUGGAAUCAUAGCAAUACUUACAUGGUUUGUAACAUACAGAGUAUGGUACACAAUACCUAACAUACUUCCAAACUUACCAGGUCAAGGAGUUUUUAAAUACAAUUCAGACAAAACAACUUCUGCAAGUAUACCACAAAGAAGAAGAUCACUUAUUAGUAAUGGUAAACACUUCAUGGGAAUGCCAAUAAACAAAGUUCAAGAACCAGUAGAAUCUAAUGAUACAAAAUAGGGUUAAAUAAUUAUAUAUGAUUUUGUUACAUUUAUUGUCUUUUCAAUUGUAGUUUAAUAUUUAUUAUGAUGAGUGUUUUUAUAUAUUGGGAGAUAUUUACCUUAAGCUUUAAAAUAUAAAUGGUGUGAUAAUAUAUUAUACAUGUUUGUUUUGGUGGCUGUAAAAAUAUUGCCUUUAUGGAAGAUGUUGUUUAAUUACUUCCUCAUUUUUAAGGCAUCAACAUUUUUUUUGUUUGUAAAUAAAAUUUACAAGGUACUUAUUUAA